AUGUUGUGCGCGGAGUCCUGCAGAGGAAUCCGAAACCCAGAUUGGUCUGUACUAUCGGACGGGACUGGUGGGUAUGGGCACAAGUCGCAGAAAGAGAUUGCCCCGUAAGUUGCUUGUAUUGUGCUGCAACUUCGAAUGUUUAAUUUCCGGAAUCCAACAAACCAGAACUGCAAUUUUGUAAUAGCUAAUAAAGGUAAUCGGGAGACACAGAAUAAUUUAAAUUUAAACUUCAGAAGAUGUCUCAUACUUAAAACGCAGUUUAUAAUUCUUUCUUUUUGACCAGUAAGUAAAAUGUAAAACAUAUUUUCUAAAAAAAGAACUUUUAAAUGUAGAAUCAAACGAACAGGACGACACAAAAAUUUACUGUGUUGGGAGUCGAACUUGGCACAACAAAAAGGUUUGAUUUAUAGGGUUCUAGUUGUGGGUGAAAGAAAGCCCUUUUUCUGUGUGUAUAACUUGUGAAACUAAAUUGUUGUAAUCGUAUCUCUUUGGCUCAGAAUUGUCUGGAUUUUAUUUGCAGUCAACCUAAGAAGAGUAUUUGUACAGUAUGCGAAUACCCACGAACAUCCAGAAAUAUCGCCAAACAAAACCUAUAUAGGAUAAUAGAGCUCGAAUCGCUGAAUUGAAUAACACUCAUGAACAUCUAUAAGGAGGGUAUUCACACUUUAAAAGUAUCCCAGAAUAUUCCACACAUUUUUUUAGGCAUAAUAGAACUAUUUUAGACUAAAAGUUUUUAGAAAAAAGUACUGGCUUUAAAUUUCUUGCAACCGACCUAUUUUUCAUCAAAAUAUUCUUUCUUUCUUUCGAAUAUGAUUUCUUACACAGUAUUCGAUGCAGUUUUAAGGGCACCCCCUCCCUUUCUGGACGUGAAAAUGUUUUCCCGGGUUUCUCAAGAAGGGCUCCACCAAAAAUUCUGAAACUUUCAGGGUAGAGAGAUCUUGACUAGCAGAGCACAAGUUGUCAUAGACUCAGAAUUUCCGGAUGCUUCCGUGUAUAAGAAACAGGGUAUACAAGGGCCAAAAAUGACCUGAAAAACGUGUUUUUUUGCUUAGGGCGAAUUUUGUAAAAUCUGUCAAAAAUCACCAGAACAAUAUUUUUCAAAGAAAAAAAUAUAUACACUCAGAUUUGGUUCUAGUUGUUACAAAACAAAUUCAGCCAUAAAAAAUGAAUUCUGGAUGUUUACAGGGGGGGGGGGGAGACCUGCGGGGCUUUUUGGCCCGUGGGGGCCCGUUUUGGUUUUGGAGGGAGGCGGCGGGGAUUUUGGGGGGUUGGGCC